AUGGGCCAACAGAAUCUAACGGUACUGAAUGAAUUCAUUCUAAUUGGAGUCACAAGGAACCCUGAGCUGCAGUUGCCCCUUUUUGGGGCCUUCCUUUUCAUCUACAUGAUCACGGUAGUUGGAAACAUGGGUUUGAUCGUCUUGACCAAGGCUGAUUCCCGCCUACACACACCUAUGUAUUUUUUUAUCAGACAUCUGGCCUUCAUUGAUCUAGGCAAUUCUACUGUUAUCUAUCCCAAGAUGCUAGUAAAUCUUGUUGUGGGUAAAUCUUCUAUAUCCUAUUAUGAAUGUGUCACACAAAUGGCUUUUUACAUUCUGUUUAUUAUCAGUGAACUCUUCAUCCUGUCGGCCAUGGCCUAUGACCGCUAUGUGGCCAUCUGUAACCCUCUGCUCUACAAUGUAAUCAUGUCUGAGAGACUUUGUCAUGUGCUUGUGGGCAUUCCAUAUCUCUACAGUGCCUUUCAGUCCCUGAUGAUCACCAGCAAGAUUUUUACAUCAACCUUCUGUGGCUCUAACAUCAUCAGUCACUUCUAUUGUGAUAACGCUCCCUUGCUACCUUUGCUCUGCUCAAAUGCACGUGAAAUAGAAUUGUUGAUCAUAAUAUUUUCAGCAAUUAAUUUAAUUUCCUCCCUUCUAGUACUCCUGGGGUCCUACAUGCUGAUACUGAUGUCUAUAUUUCGAAUGAAUUCUGCCGAGGGCAGGAAAAAGGCAUUUUCAACGUGUGGUUCUCAUUUGACAGUAGUAGUUGUAUUCUAUGGGACUCUAUUAUUCAUGUAUUUACAGCCCAAAUCUGCUCAUUCAUUUGAAACUGACAAAAUGGUCUCAGUGUUUUACACUUUGGUCAUCCCCAUGCUUAACCCCUUCAUUUACAGUUUAAGGAACAAAGAAGUAAAAAAUGCCUUCCACAGGAUCUUCAAGAACUGA